AUGAAAAGAAGCUUUACCACUGUUGUGGCAGCACUUGCUAAACGCAGCAAAGCAGAUUCACAGAAUACCCUCAAGUUUUUGACCCAUGCGACCAAAUCUACCACAAUAUCGUCUCUGUUCGGAAAGUCAGGGACUGACGCCGUGCACGUUCAAAAAGUGGUUGAUUUGCUGAACAACGAACUUCCCGACGGAGAAAACCAUAGAAAACGUGUGAAUGCUCAUUACGACAUCCUUAUGUCCCGUCUGAAACAAGUGGUUGAAAAAUCUAUAGCUCAAACGGGCGUUGAAGACGUGGUGUCGAAGUCGCAGCAUUUGAGCAUUCAGGACAGAGUUUCCAAAUGCCUUUCUAGUGAACAAUUAUACGCUUUACUUCUGGAGUUGCAAGUGAGCAACAAAAUAAGUACAGCUGCAUUGACUAAAAUAAUUUUGAACAAGAAUUUCUCGCAUUUGAGCCAGGUUCGUGAAAAUUUGCCCGGUUUUAGUCAUGAACUCGAAUUGGCUGCUAUGCUAGCUCACAGACUGCGAGGGCAAGAAGCAGUCACUCUAUACAAAGAUUACACGGAUCGCUGGACGUCGCAGUGGCACAAUUUAGCGCCCGUGGUUCGAAAACUGAUAUGGAAGUGUGAUCACCGAGUUUUAGGUAUUUCUGGAGUCUUUGAGCGGUCUGCCAAAAUUGGUGGCUUGAAUGCUUCUGAUCUUAUGGGUCUCUACCAGGCAUUAUGUUCUGUGGCUCACCAGCUACCUCAUCCACAGAGUAUUCAACUCACCAAAAUGCAGAGCCUGUUUAUCGAAUCAUUGAGGGCCCUUUCGCUGCACAAAUCGCAUUCAGGCGAUGCAAACAAGAGAUGUCUGGCAGCAGUGCGGACCAGCAUCGAAAACCGAAUAUACUACGACACGGCGGAGGACAAGGGAACGUCAGUGUACCAGUACCGCUUUCUGCGGCAACUUGACAACCUCUUACAGCUUUCCACACGCGAUCCCGGUGUUUCUGAAGAAGCACGACUGGCGCUGACACGAGUGUUAGACUCCUUGCAUCGCGAAGAAGAGUUGGCUCGGUCACAAAUGGUAGUAAAAUUUAUAUAA